CCAGGGUUACGAAUGUCCAUUUCAGGGGAUCUUGUCAAUUCAAUGUCAACUCUCACUGCUCUACCCAACAUAAGCAGCUUGGUUGGAGUACUUACCAUUUCUGGCGGUCAAACCGAAGGAGAGCUCACACUUGUUAUAGAUGAUGCUGUAUACGGGUUAGAUCUGACACAUCAGAAUAAGAGGAAGUCCAGGGAGGAUCUGAGUGGGAAUGAAUAUUUGCUGUGUGCACUUUCUACGGACAAGUCACUAUGUGUGAACAUCAGUAGUUCUACACAGCAUGGGUGCAGGCGUCUGCACACCCAACUGUCUCACAUGUUCCCUUGGCAACCAACUGCAGAAGGGCUUCCAUUUAACAGCAGUGCAGAUGUGUAUGUGAACUGGAACGAAAGCAGGAUGUGUGCCGAAAAGAAGCAGCAUGCAGGGGUCCGGGGUAUAAGAGCCACACUGGAGCGACGUUCACAUAACACAGAAACUACAGGACGUUCUCAGGUGAAGUACACAGAGGGGAUUGACGCGGACCACCUGCCAGGGGUCUGUUCUGGACUGGACCGUGGACGCUCUUUGAAAUGCGGAAUUAAAAUCGCUCUUUCGAAAUCUGAGAGUUUCGCAUUUGAUUUUCAAGGUCAUCAUAAUGCCUCAAACAUCGGGCUUAUGAUCAACGUGUCCCACAACGUAUCUGCUUUUAAGCCGUACCUACCCUUUGAGUUUCACUCGCAAUCACAGUUGAGGCAUUCACUUUCUUCAGUUAAGUGUACAGCAGAACUUCUGGUUGGCGAGACUGCUUUGACUUUUGAAGGAGAGCUCACAAGCACAAAAUCUGGCUUUAAGCAAGUGCUGGUGUUCAAUCACUCAAUACCACAGCUAUCAUUGCCUAAAACUAUGACAGUAAGGACCCUCUUUGGUGGAAAGGGAUGGUCUUACAUUCUCACACACAGAGUGCAGUGGGAGAAUCAGUCGACACCCAGCGACCGCUCAGAAGAUGUCACACAGUUACAUCAUCCAAAAAUGACAGGAAAAGCUCAGGGUUGGGGUUUGGAUCUAAGAGUAGAAAAUAAAGCACAGAAAAAACUAGGAGAUCUUAGUUUUGACUGGACUCUGUUUGGAAGCCAUGAGGAGGUCAAAGCUGGAUGCUCAUUGACUUUGGUGAGCAAAGAGAGUGAGACCUCAUUACAGCACAAACAAGCUUUUACCUCAACGCUGUCUCACUUUCACAUACACGCUAUGUCACACGGACCAGCCUAUGGAAAUAGCCACAUCAACCAGGUCCGUGUUUCUUUGGAUCAAGGAAAGCCUAUAAAUGUUUCUGUAACAGUGAGCAAGCAGUGGCAUGAUGAUUCCAGCCGGGGUCAGGCUUGUGUUCUUUUCUCUCCGGGCCAGUUAGAGUCAGUGCUUCCUAUAGUGGAGAUGGAGGGAUGCUUCGCUGUUGCUCAGGAGGGAAAGGCCUACUCCCAAAACACAGAACUCAAAUGGAAGGACAAGAGAAUCACCCAAAGCAUGAAAUACCAGGAAGGGGUCAAAGGAAUGCACACACUUCUUGUGGAGAUGGGGGCUCAGAAUGUCUCUCCAUCUCCCUGCCCUUCUCACAGUCUUCUGACUCAGAUACACACCAACCUGAGGGACCACCUGGAGCACCAUGUUCAGCUAGGGCUAUGUCCAUCACAGCCUGCUUUAAUCUGGUCUGGAUCUCACAGAGUGAACUCAGGCAAGGAGAUGUUAUACACUCACACUCGUCUGUCUGUGUCUGGACACCCUCAACACAACAUCUUCACACUUUCCCUCAGAAAUAUCAGCAGCAGUCAACAAUUCAACUACUCACUGCUCACUGAGUGGCAGGUAGGAAACUGGAGUGUGGAGCUGGCGUGCAGUUCUGUAUUUUCAGGCAGGAAUGUUGAAGUGCAGGUUCAGGCGAGGCUAGACCGCAGUGAGAUGCUGUGGCUGUGGGGGGCUCUGGGGAAACGCUGCCUACAAGUUGCUGCUGGAUACGACAAUGAAACAUCUGAUGAUAUCAAAGUGGCUCUUUGCAUGGAGGGUCAUCAUUGGUUUACCCUGGAGACUCAGAAAGGAGGGCGUGGCAUUGAGAAGGAGACCCUCACUCUCAUCUCUGUAGGAGCAGCCAAUCAGAGUCUGCUGUUUCAAUCUAAGGGAUGCGGGGAAUGCUUGUGGGCCACUGAGGCACGGCUCCAGCAGCUGGGAUCCGGCAUAAGGAGUAAACUUUUGGACAGGGUUCAGAGACUUCACCAUCUUCUGUUAGCAUUCAGAAGACAGUCAAGGGACAGCAUGUUGCUGCAGGAGCUGAGUGAAAUCUCGCUGUCUAUUAACCAACAAACCGAGACCCUCUUGCUCAGAACAGGAGCUCUGUGGAACACCUGGACCUCCAGCCCACUCCGGCACACUCUCACACACAGUAUGCCACACACACUUCGACACCUCCGUGAAAUGUCUCAACAGAUCCAACUUGAACUGAGGAGACCUUUGGCCACACUAGCCGGAGCGUAUCAUGAUGUGACGGGGGAGCGUUUGGACACCGUUUGGCAGCAAGGAGUGGAGCUUUGGACCAGAGACCUGACCGAACUUCUGCCUUCAGUGCUUCACGAUCAUCACCUGAAGAUGCCGUCGCUGACUGCACUGCAGAUAGCGAUCAUCACUUUGGAUAUGGUGAGCCAGCAGACUUUUCAAUGGAUGGAGACCAGAUUGGCUGCAAUGCUGGUUGGACUCAGAAGACAUCUUUCCCUUAUGUACAAGUUCUCUGAAAGUGAGGGUGAGGUUAUUUUCAGAGUGCCGCUUCCCGUCGGCCCCUGGCUGAAGAUGAAAGAGGCUGGUGUGACUGAGGUUCUUCUGGAGGAGUUUGUCCUGAAGCCACUCCUAGCCUUAAACUCUUUGAGUGCCACUGCAGAGCUGUACAGGCUGAAGAGAAGGAUCAUGGACAGUCCUGUCAACCAUCAGGCAUUUCUGGUGGCGGAUGAAUAUUUGGUAUCAUUUGAUGGCCACUUGUUAAAAGUUCCUGCUUCCUGUGAUGUCAUUCUGGCAGCUGAUGUCGUAGAGAACACCUUCAGCGUGCUGCUAAAGUCUGACAGGUUCCGACGUCGCUCGCUCAUGAUCCAGAUGCAAAACACAACAAUUGCAGUUCACCCUAAUGGAGAGGUGGAGGUUAAUUGCCACCUAACGCACACACCAUACACAAACAGUGAAGUGACUAUCAGAAAGGAUAUGAACUUGAUUGAGGUGUCCAAUGCGAAAGGAGUACGGGUUUCAUGUGACCCUCAUAUGGAUGUCUGCAGUUUAAUUAUAGAUGCAUGGCUUCAUGGUCUGUCCGUUGGUCUUUUAGGAACAAAUGAUAAUGAGGCGGUUAAUGAGCUUCCACUGCCAGAUGGCUCCCACACACACAGCGUGACUAAGUUUACUCACAGCUGGCAGUUGGAUUCCAAGUGUGUCAGCACAUCAGGAUUCUGUGAAAAUGGCACCACGGACUCCCCGUCAUGCAAAUCUCUGUUCCUUUCCACCAGUUCACCCCUGAGUCCCUGUUUCAAAGUGGUGGAUCCUGAGCAGUUCAUGCUGGCUUGUGAAAGAUCCGAGUGCGAACGUGUUGGACGUGCAGAUGUUCCUAAACCAGCCUCUUGUACGCUGGCCUAUGCUUUUAUUUAUCUGUGUCACAGAUACUAUGUUCCCCUGGAGCUGCCUGUUCAAUGCGGUCAGUAUGCACAAAUCUAACAUAUUACUCGGUGCAAAUAUGGCAUCUAUAAAAGAUAUCUAAUAAGAUAUUACAUAACAGCUGAAUUAAUUAGUUGCACUGAUGCUGAUUCUAUUGAUGGGGUGUAAGCUGACCCGUUUCACAUACUUUAUACGAUAUGUACAAAGCCUGUUAUUAUUUUACUGUUUUAUUAUGUAACCAAUUAUUUUUGGAGUCUAAGGGGGGAAAACCCCUAAUUGAUUUUUAUGAUUACAGCUCCUGUUAUUGUUUUAACACAAUUUCUAGUUUUCAUCUAAACCUGGUGUAUUUUUAUAUGUAUUUCCAAAUUAAAUAACAUAACUUUUUUAAGUGAUAAACAAAAAAUGUAUAUAUUUCUCAUGUAUAUUCCAUGUACUGUAUAUUCUACAUAGACGUGUGUUAGUGACCAAAUCAUGUCAAUCAACAGUUUAUUUUAUGUUUCGGGUGUGCAUUUUAGAAUAGAUCUAAAACAUCAGCAUAUGAUAACAUAAUACUUCAAAUUUUCCUUUGUGAGUCUACAGUAUGUGUGCAUUAACUUC